CAUAAGUUUGUAGUCAUAAACUACUCCAACGUUUGAGCUUUACUCCUUCAACACUCUUCCUCUUUUCCGAUUCCGGAGUUUCCCAACCAUGACUGACGCAGCGGAAGACGCCGUGCGACGCCGUACCGCGGUGGCGGAUUAUCGGAAGAAACUUCUUCAGCACAAAGAAUUGGAAUCCAGAGUGCGAUCCGUGAGGGAGAACUUGCAAGCUUCGAAGAAAGAGUACAAUAAAACUGAAGAUGAUUUGAAGUCUCUUCAAAGUGUUGGGCAGAUAAUUGGCGAAGUUCUCAGGCCUCUUGACAAUGAACGCUUGAUUGUUAAAGCAAGCAGUGGACCCAGGUAUGUGGUUGGCUGCCGCAGUAAAGUGGAUAAGGAAAAACUGACUUCUGGUACUAGAGUGGUUCUUGAUAUGACAACACUCACCAUAAUGCGCGCUCUGCCCCGUGAAGUUGAUCCCGUCGUGUACAAUAUGCUUCAUGAAGAUCCCGGUAAUGUUAGUUACUCAGCUGUUGGUGGUUUAUCCGAUCAGAUCAGGGAAUUGAGGGAAUCAAUUGAAUUACCUCUGAUGAAUCCUGAGCUCUUUCUUCGAGUUGGAAUUAAACCUCCCAAGGGUGUUCUUUUAUAUGGACCUCCUGGCACUGGCAAAACAUUGUUAGCUCGGGCAAUUGCCAGUAAUAUAGAUGCGAACUUCCUAAAGGUGGUUUCAAGUGCCAUAAUUGAUAAAUACAUUGGAGAAAGUGCCAGGUUAAUAAGAGAGAUGUUUGGGUAUGCACGUGAUCACCAGCCCUGCAUUAUUUUUAUGGAUGAGAUCGAUGCCAUUGGCGGUCGUCGUUUCAGUGAGGGAACAAGUGCAGAUCGUGAGAUUCAGAGAACACUAAUGGAGCUGCUUAAUCAACUUGAUGGAUUUGAUCAACUAGGGAAGGUAAAAAUGAUAAUGGCAACAAACCGACCUGAUGUACUUGACCCUGCUCUCCUGCGUCCUGGGAGAUUGGAUAGAAAAAUAGAAAUCCCAUUGCCAAAUGAACAAUCACGUAUGGAAAUUCUCAAGAUUCAUGCCGCUGGAAUUGCUAAGCACGGUGAAAUAGACUAUGAAGCUGUUGUGAAGCUUGCAGAGGGAUUUAAUGGGGCUGAUCUUCGGAAUAUCUGCACGGAAGCUGGAAUGUCGGCUAUUCGGGCAGAGCGCGACUAUGUGAUCCAUGAAGAUUUUAUGAAGGUGAGCGCUGUUCAGGAAACAAUUUUUCCUUGGUAUUUAUUGAUCAUACUACAAAGGGUGUUCCUCUCCUUGUCUCUUACAAUUACUUUUGUACAGGCUGUUAGGAAACUGAAUGAGGCAAAGAAACUUGAAUCUAGUUCACACUACAAUGCUGAUUUUGGAAAAGACUAGAAUCUAUUGGAAAAUUCUUUCAGAGCCAUGGAUAUGUAUGCCGGUGCUUCUUCUGAGCCAGAAAUACCUCUUGCAAGUUGGUGAAUUCGUAGAACUAAGCAUUAUGCUCCCUUUGGGUUUUCUUGUACUAUCCGAAUUCUAAGUUAGUAGGACUUACCAAACGGUGAAAGGGUGUUUAAUUGAACUGUUUGCUCAAACUCAAAUGUAAGAUCCUUUUUAUUUAUAUUUGUGGAUCUAGAAGUGCAGUUCACAUACUUAUACUAACAUCUUGGCGGCAGGUGCUUGUCAAUUUGUCUUUCAUUUUAAGAGAACUUAAAAUUUCAGUAA